AGCCUCCUUGCCUGCUUAUAGGGUCGGCACGGCCACAUUUCACGUCGUUCAUUCUGUAUUCAUCGAGUUUUUGAUCCCUUUUUGACCUUUUGUCUUAUACCCCACGAGUUGACCGUUGAGAUCUCAACGUUCACGCGCCGCCACUUAGUGCCGCUUUAAUUUAGUCGCAACGGCCGAAGAUCACUAUACCCAUCAUGUCUGGCACACACGAGAAGCCGCUCAAUGAGCUCCUCUCCCGCUCCAUGGUCGACAUCUACGUCGGCGAAGAGAACACACACUGGAUCCUUCACGAGAAGCUCUUAUGCCACCACUCACCUUUCUUCCGCAAAAUCUUCUACGCCAAGGGCAACACAACACAAUCCUUCGGCCUCCCGGAAGACGAUGACAAUGCCUUCAAGACCUUCGUCGGCUGGCUCUACUCCAGCUCGCUCCCCGUCCCCCGGGAGGAGUCUGACCUGGGCGUGCUUUUCGACCUGUACCUGAUGGCCGAGAAAUUUCAGAUCCCUAACCUGAUCGCCGACGUCCUGCAGGUCGUCCGCGAAUGGUACAAGUUCAGCGACUCGUACCCCGGCCUUCGUCGCGUGCAGUACAUCUACGCCAACACCGAGAACGGCAGCCCCAUGCGCCACAUGCUCGUCCACUCUAUUGCGCGCAUGAUGGUGCUCGAGAAGGGUCUGCCUGCGCACUGGGACAAGGCACUGCGCAAGAACGGCCAGCUUGCUGUCGACAUCAUCUGCGCGAUCCAGGACUGGCGACUUGACGAGGAAGUCGUUCCCGAUGCGCGCGACGACCCUGCCGAAGGCGAGGAUCUUAUCGACGUCGAGGAGGAAAUCAAGCAGAACGACGCCGAGCUCGAGCAGAAUGCCGAUAUUGAAGACAACGCAUCUGAGUCCGUCGACGGACCCGAGGGUGAGGAGCAAGAGCAGAAGGAGAACGACGAUGCUGAGGAGACAGACGACACCGUCGUCGGCAGCCCGACGCAGAGCAAGCAUGACAUUUCCAAGGACGACAAGAAGGCUACCAAUGGCACAUCGAACAAGGUCGACGACUUGAAGAAGGACUUCAGCAAGUUUAGCCUUAAUGUUGUGCCUAACGGUCUUACCAACGGCGACUUCGGUACCCUCAAGGCGUAAGCUUUGAAGGCCGAGACUUCUCGACGCACGACUUGACGACAUCUAGGCUCCACGACGUCUAGACUCGACGAGACAACUUCUCCUUGCGAGCGCAGGCUCGCUUUGGUUCAACUUGUAUGAAGGAAACGAAACACGUUGCAUAAGGGCGUUCCGGUUUGCCAUUGGGUUUAUGGACGCUCAAUAU